AUGAAUGAUCAACCAACGGAUUAUUCGUCGAUUGACGCAUUUCAUGUUGGUCGUCGUCGAAAACCAAACUUUACCGAUCAUGAAGUCAUCAAUAUAAUUGAACAAUAUGAUAUGUAUAAAGAAUUACUGCAUUCACGAGAAGCAUCAAAAAGUGUCAUAGCACAAAAGCAAGCUAUUUGGAAACAAAUAACCGAUACACUUAAUGCAUCAUAUCCACAAGUCGAACGAACUGUUGAAGAUGUACGACGUAAAUGGAAAAAAUUACAAAGUGAAGCCAAACGUGAAGUAGCUGCCUAUCGGGCAGCUCAAACAGCUGGUUCAACAUCAUCUCUAUCAAAUAAACAAAUGAGUUUAUAUACUCGAAUAUUAUCUAUAUGUCGUGCUCCAAUAUCAUCAUCAACGCAAUUUGUUCAUCAUGCAGCCGUUGCUGCGGCUAUACAUCAUCAACAAGCCUUACAAUUACAAGCACAUAUCAACAAUGGAAAUAGCCACCAUCAUGAAACAACAUUCAACGAACGGUCAUCAGAUAAAGCAGACUCACCAUCAUCAGAUCUUGCAAAUGGCGUUAAUGGACAAUUAGAUUCUGUAGGUGAUGAAAGUGCUAGUCUACUUGGUAAUGAUGAUAUUUGUUCAAGCCCACCGACAAAUCUUCAAUCGACAUCGCUUUCAUCAUUUCUUACGCCGCAACAUGUUCAUAUAACAAUGAAAAAUGCCACCAAUGGACAAGUAUCAAAACGAACAUUAGAUAAACAACGUAAAUAUUUAAAACCAUCACAUAUUCAUCAAUCUAUGAAUGCAACAAAAUCCUAUGGACAACAACAAAGUUCACUUCGUCUUGAAUCAUUAAUCAAACGUAAACGUACGCUUGAAUUAACAAGUCAAAAAAUUAUCUAUGAUAAAGAACGUUUAUUAAUUGAAAGAAAAAAUCUUGAUGUUAAAUUAGCAGCUAAUGAAUGUGAAAAUGAACGUAUUAGUAUUGAAAAACGUCGUAUUGAAUUAGCUCUUCAAAAAUAUCAAUGUGAAUUACCAAUAGCAACGAACGGUACAAACAAUCAUUUAUCUGAUCAAGAAGAUCACGAUGAGCAUAAUAGUGCCGACGACAUGAGUGAUAUUAACGAAUAG